AUGCCUUCACGUCGAUUCGGGCGACCGGCGAUGGUCGUUGCUACACUAAUUGCAUUUUCAGUUCUCACACUUGUAUUCAUUGGAGAGGGGUUGAAAGCAUUUGUCCGUAGGGAUGGUGUUAGCUUGGGCAAAAGAGAUUUUACUUUCGGUCUGAAUUGGCAAACGACAAUCUUUACACCGUCCACUGGAAGAAGUGAGAUAUCGGCAUUGAACUAUUGCUCGCCUGACCCACUGAACACUCCAACGCCUAUCAUUAUUGACGACAUACAGUCCGAAAAUGAAGCUACAGAGAAGGAAUCUACCACGGUUUCUGCCAUUCUUGCCCAAGGAACCAAUACAGUCUCAUUUGCCCUUCAAGGAAGAUGUGAUAUGGUUUCCGUUAUCUUGGCGAAUAUCAACAGCUUAGUGGCACAUCCUACUAGUGUUAGUAACACUGCUCGUGAUGCCACAGGGCUACUUGCCAUUGCCAUGGCGAAGUCCAAUCCAAGUAUCCCAAGCACAGCAAUGUCGUCAGCCGCCACACCUAGUGAUCUUCAUUCUCUGGCUGCUUUAGAAUUGUUGAGGAAAGCAGUUGCAUAUAACGUUCACCACGAUUCUCACGGCGAGUCUUGUGAUUGUUCAGCAUGCAUCUUUUCGCAAGCAACUCCCGUACCAAUAACAAUAGCGCCUCCUCUUCCAACACAUGAGCUAAUGGCCAGAGCUUUCUUGGCUAGAGCCGAAACUGUUACCGUUACUGUCUCGGCAUGCCCAGACUUGGUGCCAACGCCUUCAAAUUCGACGGGAACAGGUCCCCAGGGUCCUGCAUCGGCUCCGGAAAGUCCGAACUCAACAUCAUCAGGACCCGAAAGUCCCUCAUCUGCAUCCAACUCGACAUCUUCAGGACCCAAGAACCCCGCACCUGCCCCAGAGAACUCAAAUGCAACGUCGCCUUCUAGACCAAACCCUCCUUUCUCUAAUGGUACAGAAACUGGUUCUGGAGGAGCCCCAGCUGGUUCAGGCACUGGUAGUUCAGGUGCUGGUGGUACAGGUGCUGGUGGUUCAAACUCUGGUGGUUCAAACUCUGGUGGUUCAAACUCUGGUGGUUCAAACUCUGGUGGUUCAAACUCUGGUGGUUCAAACUCUGGUGGUUCAAGCUCUGGUGGUCCAGAUUCUGGCGGUUCAGGCGCUGGCGGUUCAGGCGCUGGCGGUUCAGGCGCUGGUAGUGCUGCAUCUGCGUCAGGGGCUGUGGCUAGUGCCGCUUCAUUAUUCUCAGGCAACUCUACACAGCCGACUGGUAACGCUCAACCAAGCAACAAUGCAAACAAACCUUCAAGCACCAGCAAAUCUAAGCCGGCUGAAAACACCUCUCCUGUAUCAUCUCCCAGCAUCAGUCCACCGAUUGCCAGUCAAGCAUCUGCCGCGUCAAGUGGUAUCGACAAAAGCAUCUUUACACUCAUCACUCCAGCUCUUUCAAAUGUUUUCUACCUAUUUUCGACAAUUGCGCCUGUCGCUGGCAUGGUUAUCAUGGGUCAAAUAUGGCUUCUAUGA